CCGACCGCGACAGUCGUCUAGUCAGUGACAUCAUCAGCUGAUACGGUUGACUUAAAAGGAUGCUGCAACGAUCACCAGAGAAAACUUAAAGAAGUAUGUAAGAUCGAGAGGUGGUGGACAAACUGUGAACCUACCAGACAGGUGAGAGUGAUGUUGUGUUUGAACUAGUAUAACCCAGACUACAUCAGCAGCAGGUGAGUUGUCAGGUAAUAUUUGUCUCUGCUUCACCCACACCAGAGACAACCUCAACACCUUCAGUCGCAAGGUUGUCAACUUGAAUACUGAGUGUUCCUUUCUUGCCUCACACGUAGAGGGCUCCAGUCUCCUGAUUUUAGAAACUACAUUCUCCUGCAAACAUCUCAUCCGCGGAACAAGCUCCAUCACUGAAGUGCUGACGAUGGCUUAUCUCCCCCUCCUCACGGUGAUAGCGGCAACGACAUGCGUUCAGGCGGCUUACCUCCCCUUUCCAGAUCUCAGCUACAUCUUCAACAAUAUCGGGGUGCCCGACUUCGAUGAUAGCUGGUCGGACAAGCGUCAGCCUGGUCAGGCACUGACUGACUAUUUUCCGGAAACUUCUCCGGGCGGACGCACUGACAACCCGUGGGCAACAGGCAGAGGAGGGCGCGAUUAUGGGGCCAUCGACCAGCCUAUGGAGAUGAACUGCAGUAUCCUAGCAACCCUGUGUUCUCAGACGAGUAUGACGACUCACAAGGAGGACUUCGUUAUCCCAUAGAUAUUCCUCCUUACGAUGAGUCGCCUAAAUACCCAGUUCAGAAACGUCCACCUCCUGAAGUUCCAUACCAGUCCCCGGAUGUCCCUGCGUACGGAGUCAACGGCAGAAGAGAUGGUCGUCAGUCCGGAGUCUCGUCACCACAGUACCCUGACUAUCCCAUCCCAAAGUACCCUGAAGAAAAGCACCCUGAAGUUCCAUACCAGUCCCCGGAUGUUCCUGCGUACGGCAGAAGAGAUGGUCGUCAGUCCGGAGUCUCGUCACCACAGUACCCUGACUAUCCCGUCCCAAAGUACCCUGAAGAAAAGCACCCUUCCGUUGACCUCGUUCCAAGUGACGUGUUUGAUGAUGUAGGAAACGGCCUACAUCUCGGAGGGUCUGAUUCACUCGCCGGGUACCAUCCGGGUGUCAACACCAAACCUUUCGACCCCAUCAAAAAUAUUUAUGACAGCUUUGGUGACGACGUCUCCGGUCAUCAGUCGCCAGGCUUGCCAGGGUACCAGGACCGUCCGGGUGUGCCAUCAGGACCACAGUACCCUGAUCCUCCGGUUGAAAAGCAUCCGGAAGAAAAUCGCUACCUGUUGAGCCCGUUGUUAGUGACCUGGAUGACUUUGUCGGAGGAAAACUACUUCUCAGAGGGUCUGAUUCAAGCACUGGGUUCCUUCCGGAUCUCCAAGCCAACGAUGCACCCAAGCACACCUAUCCAGUCGACGUGUAUAAUUACAGAGAGAGCUUGAAGUGCCAGCCGGAGUUUUUCUUUCAGUAUGACCAUGACUUCUCGGGACCUGUUUGGCAGGACGCGAAGGGAGAGGUGCAAGUACAGAAUGGCCGAGCAGUGUUCAAUGGCCGGGGUUCCAUCGCUAUCCCCUUCUUUGCCUGCAAUGACCUGCUGCCCAGAUACUCCAUGUCCUUCGUCAUCAGACCCAGUAACGUUGGAGGCACCCGUGCGGUGAUCGGGAACAGCCUGUACCCGGAUAAAGCCAGCUUUCUGGUGUCCGUGACGGGUAGCGCACUCAGGCUGACCAUCAGAGAGCGAGCAGCCGACCUGACACCCGAGCAGCUGCUGGCUGGAUGCUGGGACAGAGAGAAGCGAUCCCUGGACAGUCUGCCGCACUUCGGCGCUGGCUUCGGGUCGUCUUCACCCAACUACGGCAAUGUCAUCGCCCUCGAGCUUUCCAUAUACUCUGGAAGUGAAACCCUGGUUACCAUUACACAGGAGGACGACUGGAUUUUCUUCGGAGUUGGAAACCAGCGUAUAGCAAAGCGAGGCCGUCUGCCAACCCUCACCAACGAACCACUCUAUAUCGGAGCUGGUGCUGACCCCAUGGGGCACACAACUCUGCCAGACUACGUUGGCACCUUCGACUCGUUUCUGUUCGAGAAGUGUCCCAAGAGCGAGUGACAAGCCGGCACGACAAGCUGACAUGACCCAAGAGUCACUGACAGACCUCCCACGUGACAGCAACGUCCAGCUGACAUUGGGCAGUGUUUCCUGCGUGACACGUGACACUCUUCUCCCCCUCCACCAGCCUACUCAUCACUCCUACUCAUCACUCCUACUCCACCGGCCUCAUCAAUCACCCUUAAUGAGAAGGUCGUGGCUCAUUACGUCAUAAGGAACUGCUGACCUUCUGGAAACUCUAACUCUUUACUUGUGGAUCCUUACACUGAGAGCUGUGACCUCUGACCCGGCUCCCGGGCGUGACUGUAGCGCUAAAGCAAUCAGACAGGGAGCAGAGCUCAAGGUGUACAGGGGAUGUACUGCUUCCAGCAUCGCUUGGUGCAGAUGACUGUGUUGACCUCAGUAAAGCCACCAACUUUCA